AUGAUCAUCGUUUUUUCACAAAGCAAAAUAAAAUAAAAUGCUCUGAUUUUUCGAAGUUGAAACGAUUAUAUUACGUUUGCGAUCGGACGUUUCUCAUCGGGAUCACCGCCGUUUGUUCUUAUUUGGAUCGGAGCGAUUUCUCUAAAUUUAAAGUUCGUUAUUCAAUAAAAUUCACUUUAAGCUUAAUAAUAUUGUUUUCUUCAUGUUGUUGCUUGAAUUAUUUGUUUAGGUAACGUGCCAAGCAAAUGUUUUUGUUUGAAUUUUAGUGAUUCCUUGAAUUUUUAUUUAGUUUUCCGUUUGGUUUAUGAGAGAAUUUGAGAGAAACGGAAGGAAAAAAAAGUGAUUGAAAUUAUUCGUUUCCUUCUCUAGAGGACAAACAUGAACGUUUUGGGAACUAGGAGAGCUGGUAGAUUAUUGAAACGGUGGUUCCUAUUUAGCUUAAGAUCGUGAAAUUUUGAUUGAUUGUUGAUUUUGCUCGAAAUUGUUUGUGUUAGAAUAAUUUGAUACAACUCUCAGUUUUUAAUAUUCUUGCUGGCUGAUUGAUUUGAGCUGUGGCUGUGUUGCUGUUGCUUUUACUGGAUUUAUUAUUGUUUGUCAUUGCUGCUGCUGAUUUCUGUUUGCUUGAAAGUUCAUCAAACCGUUGUUUGUUUCUACUGAAGUGGUUGCUUCUUUUUAUUACAAGUUUCUUUGUCUCUUUGCUUCGAUGGUAUUUAUGUCAAUAUUGUGGAUUAGAUUAUUAUAAUUAUGUAACCUGCUGUUUAGAGCCUUCAGCAUGAGCAUUUGAUUUCUAUCAAUGAAGUAUUCUAGCUUAGGUAUUGCUUGUUGCCAAGCAAUACUAUAGGUUAACCACCCUCGAUGGUGUCUUUUAUGUUAUUACUUGUGUAUCAUAGCAUACAACCAAUCGACAUGUUGCAUCAUGAAGGCGUCUUCGUCGGUAUUAACCCAAAUGUUCUUUAAUUAAGUCUGCUUUUGGAUGUAAAGGGGAAAAACGAGCUUGCAUUAUUUAACAUAGCAUACAGCCAAUUUGACAUGAUGCAUUAUGAAGGCGUCUUCAUCGCCGGUUAUGAGACAAUGAUUAAUUUUAGAUAUUAUUAACCAGGAAGUUUUAAUUUUAAUUAAGUCUGCUUUUUGCUUGGCAACCAAUUUUUUUAUUCUCUUGACACAAAAUGUGAUCUCUUUUUGGGUUUGGAUAACUUCCAAGUCUUCGUUAAACUAAUAAAAAAGAAUAAUAAUAAUAAUGACUUUACCAGCUCAUUUUAGAGUGCACUUUGGAGAUUGGUAUGCUGAUAUAGUGUUAUAUGUUUCCCCAGCAAGGAAAUCCCAGAUUGAUAUUGCACUACAUGUGGGAUGUGGGAAAUGUGAAAAUUUUGUGUUGGCUCGGUACCUCAAAAUGUGGGGUUGAUUGCAGCUGAGGAAGGACGCCACAGUUUUGAUAUAUGUACUUUGAAUUUUAUUUGCUCCUGCCGCUUUGGUUAGAAUUCAUUAGGGAUUUGUGUGCGGAUCUCUUUUUUAAUAUUAGCUGCAGGUGUUGAAGAUGCUCAAGGCUGCAAAACCCCUAGGAUUAGUUGGUCUGCAUGACCCUUCUUUCCCCGGAGAUUCACAUCUUUACUGGUUAUGAAAUUUGUUAGUGUACACAAUCAAGGGGCUGAAGCAAGUUGGAUGCUAAAUUUGUCUUCCAUAUCUCAGCCAAUUGAUACUUCUCCAAGUUGCCAUUUCCGUUCAUUUCUUCCUCAGAUUUGAACCUUCAUUGCAUUUGCUUGAUUUUGUUAAUGACAAACACUUGUUUUUAGAUAUAUCGUCACUUUGCUGCUCAUUUUUUAUUUUCCCCCUUCUAAACUUCGAUUGAAGAGUGGUGAUAACAUAAGACGAAGUCAUUACUUUGUCUUGUCCCAAAUUAUGGGGUCAGCCCGAGCAGCUAUGAUUCAUUUCCAGAAACCUUAGGAGGGUGUAUUCACAAUUGGCAAGGGCCAAGAAAUAAAAGAAUCUGUGCUAAUAGGGUUUCUACUAAAAGCUUACUAUCUACCUAGAAAUGAAUGGGUGGUGAGCAACCAGCUUGGUUUAUAUCCGACUAAAAAUCUUCUGGUAGUUGGAGAUUUUCUUGUAGAACUUGAUUUUGUGAGAGAAAUGAUUAAGUUCCAAAUAAGGUCAAUUAUUUCUGAAGAUUUACCUUCUCAAGUUAUAAGGAUGUGAAAGUUUUAAGUGAUGAGUAAAAACUAUUCUCAGAGGAGAGACUUGGUGCAGAAAUGUGAUAUAGGUAGGCUUGUUGUUGUGGACAACAACGCGGCAAAAUUUUGCAAUCAAUCACUCUUUCCCUUUUUGUUUUUUUCUUUUCAUUAGAGAAUAUGUUUGAUUCUUUGAUAUAUUGCUUUUACCAUAGGUUGGGACGUCUAUGGUCGUCUCCAGUAUAGUUGGAUUUGGGUCCAGAAUUUCAAGCAAUCAAGUUAUCAUGCAAUGCUAUUGCUUUCUAAUUCACUGCUGGAGGCUCUGGAGUUCCUCAGUGCUGCAUUAUUCUUGUUUUUGUAGGUUUCUUUUUGUAGUUCUACUUAUUUUGAUGAAUCCUUCGCUUGGAGUACUGCUGAUUGGAGCUGUUCAACCUUUCUUGGAUUAUUUUGUUGCUGAUUCCGACUGGUCUGCAGCAGUGUAGAAGAAAGCAUCAAUUUGAUGGAGUGCUUGCCUGGCUUGUUCAAGCCACUAGAUAUGUUUAAAAUAUUGGAAUCUUUGCUAAAUUUGUUAUUAUCUGCAGGUUUUUAGGCUUUGCACCAGCUUGUAAGAUAACAUACGGUUUGAUCUGGAAAUGUCAUUUUCAAUGGAAGAAGUGGAAAUUAAGCAUUCUGGAGCUAAAGAGCUUAGCUAUCAGCAACAAAAUGAAAGCUGCGAAGUAUUUGAAGAAGAGGUGAGGGGAUCAUUCUCACCACAGUCAGGUGGAAACCGUGUGGAUAAACAAGAAUCAAAUGAUGCAGAAGCAACUGAAUUGCUGGACAAGGGGUUUAUGGAGUAUGGUUGCCCACAUUAUCGAAGAAGGUGCCGGAUUAGAGCUCCCUGUUGUGGUGAGAUAUUUGAUUGUCGUCACUGUCAUAAUGAGGCAAAGAACAAUAUCAAUGUUGACCAGAAGCUCAGACAUGAUCUCCCACGCCGUCAAAUCAGUAAGGUUAUUUGUUCGCUAUGUGGCACAGAACAAGAGGCUCAACAAGUUUGCAUCAACUGUGGUGUUUGUAUGGGGAAAUAUUUCUGCAACUCCUGCAAACUUUUUGAUGAUGAUACAUCGAAGAGACAGUAUCAUUGUGACGGUUGUGGGAUCUGUAGGAUUGGAGGGCAGGAGAACUUCUUCCAUUGCCACAAGUGUGGUUGCUGCUAUUCAAUUCUUCUGAAAAACAGCCAUCCCUGUGUUGAAGGAGCGAUGCACCAUGACUGUCCCAUAUGCUUUGAGUUCUUGUUCGAAUCGAGACAGAAUGUAACUGUUCUGCCAUGCGGACAUACAAUUCACACAAAUUGUUUCAAGGAAAUGAGAGACCAUUUCCAAUAUGCCUGCCCUCUGUGCUCCAAAUCGGUUUGUGACAUGUCAAAGGUCUGGGAGAAAUUCGAUGAGGAGAUCGCAGCUACACCAAUGCCGGAACAGUACCAAAACAAAAUGGUCUCGAUCCUUUGCAACGAUUGCGAGACAAAAUCUCUAGUUCGGUUUCAUGUCCUGGCUCAGAAAUGCCCGAAUUGCAAGUCAUACAAUACUAGGCAAACACGAGGCUGAAGUGGCUUAGAGUGGGAUGUAGAAACCGACUUGGAUGGCAUAUUUUCCAAAUCGAUGCAUCAAGCAUUGGGUUCUGGUUAAGCUUCUGCAACGUGUAAUGGUACCAGUCGUGGCGCAUGGUUCCUUCGGGGGUUCGGUUUAGUGCUUGGUAUUUUCAAUUCUUUUGUAGAUGAUUUAAUCAAUAGGCCAACAAAUAAACAUUUGCUUUUAUGGUCCUCUGUUUAGAUUUCCUACCUUAAUGUAGGAGAAGAUGGAUGUUUCAUCCUUUCAUAUUUUCUAGAAAAUGUAACAUUUUUCCUUGUCGUUAAGAGUCAAUACUUUUAUCGUA